UUUCUCCCUGUAGGGUCAGUUUGUCCCAUUUCUCUUACUGUAGUAAAAUGGGCGGGGCAGAAAGGUCAAUGAAGUAAUGCAUGCCGGGAAAACACGUGUGUAAACCACCAGAAGAACACAACUUGGCAGAUAGUCACCUGUGGUCUCAGGUAGCAGAGUCGUCAUGUCGAAUAAGCCCAACGAGGAUGCGCGGUUCCGCCGGGUGCAGAAGGACCCGCGGUUCUGGGAGAUGCCCGACCGGGAGCAGAAGGUCCAGAUCGACAAGCGCUUCCAGGCCAUGUUCAAGGACAAGCGCUUCCAGGUGAAGCAGACGGUGGACAAGCGGGGCCGGCCGGUCAACCACACCGCCAAGGAGGACCUCAGGCGCUUCUACAACCUCUCUGAGUCUGAGGGCGAGGAGGUGGAGGAGCCGGGAAAGAAGGAAGGAAAGAAGAAGAAGGUGGCGGUGAAGACAGGAGCGCCGCCCAAAGAGGCAGAAGAUGAGGAAGGUGAGGAGGACGACUCUGAGCUGGAAGGAGGCAGUGCUGACGAAGAGGAGUCAGCGGAGGAGGAGUCUGGUUUGGACUCUGGUUCUGAGGAUGACAGUGAGCCCGACCUGGCCAGGGGGGUGGGCAACGUUGAGACCAGCUCUGAUGAAGACGAGGAGGAAGAUGAGGUGGAGUCCCUCCUCCGACGGGAGGAAGAGGAGAUCCAACACGACUGGGGUGACCUGUGUAAAGACGCCCCCCGUGGGGAAGAGGUGUGGCCCCGGCUAGCUGUGUGUAACCUGGACUGGGACCGCCUGAAGGCUAAAGAUCUGCUGGCUCUCUUCAACUCCUUCAAACCAGCAGGAGGGGUGGUGCUGUCAGUCAAGAUCUACCCGUCAGAGUUUGGGAAGGAGCGCCUGCAGAUGGAGCAGAGUCAGGGACCUCUGGAGCUGCUGGUCAGCCUCCCUGAAGACCCCGAGAAGGACUCGGAGGAAGAGAAGGUGCACAGGGAGAAGCUGCGUGACUACCAGUUCAAGCGUCUCCGCUACUUCUUCGCCGUGGUGGAGUGUGACUCUGCCGAGACGGCCGCAAAAAUCUACAGCGAGUGUGACGGCUUUGAGUACGAGAGCAGUAGCUCUAUCCUGGACCUGCGUUUCAUUCCAGACGACGUUGUGUUUGAUGAGGAGCCCAAAGAGGUGGCCACAGAGGUGGAGCUCACCACCUACACCCCCAAACUGUUCACCUCCUCUGCUGCCGCUACCUCCAAGGUGGAGGUGACCUGGGACGAGACGGACCACGACCGCAUCCAGGCCCUCAACAGGCACUUCAACAAGUCUGACCUCAUGGAUAUGGACUUCAACGCCUACCUGGCCUCCUCCAGCGAGGAGGAGGAGGAGCAGGAGGAGGAGCAGGCUGGAGCAUUGGAGCCUGAAGAGAAGGCCGAAGACAAGCCGGCAGGGGGGCAGAGGGAGGGGCCUCCAGUGGAGGAGGAGGAGGAGGAGGAAGACAAGAGGAGGAGACGGAAGAACAAGAAGAAGAGUGGAGAGGAGCAGAUCGCCCGCUACCGAGAGCUGCUGAAGGGCAUCCAGCAGAAGGAGAGCCAGCAGAGAGGAGACAAUGAGAUGGAGAUGGAGGUCUCCUGGGUCCCUGGUCUGAGGGAGACCACGGAGAGGCUGGUGAAGAAGAAGAUGGAGGUCCAGGAGCAGCGGACCCCCUGGGAGGACUACCUGGAGAAGAAGAAGGAGAGGAGGAAGCAGAGGAGGAACCAAGAGGGGGAGGCGGAGUCCAACCUCGCUGAUGAAGAUGAUGAAGAUGACGUUCCGUCAGACGUGGACCUUAACGACCCCUACUUCGCUGAGGAGCUGGGCGCUUCAGCAGGUGUAAAGAAGAAACCAACGAAGAAGAAGGAAGAGGAGAGUUCAGAGGAGGAUGAAGAGCUGGAGAAGAGAAAGGCGGAGAUGUCUCUGCUGAUGGGAGAUGAUGAGGAUGAGAAGCACAACCAUUUCAACUUUGAGAAGAUCGUUGAGCUGCAGAACCUCAGCAAGAAGAAGAAGAAGAAACUACAGAAGAAGAGCCAGGAGGACCUCCCCAAGGACAACUUCCAGGUGGACGUCGCAGACCCCCGGUUCCAGGCGGUGUUCACGUCCCACCUGUUCAACCUGGACCCGUCGGACCCCAACUUCCGGAAGACGCGCGGCACGGACACCAUCGUGGCCGAGAAGCUCCGGCGCCGUGCCCAGCAGGAAACGCACCGCCGCAGGAAACAGGAAGUGCCCACGCAGAUACAGGAGGCGGCGGUGGCGGGCAGCGCUGGGGGCGGCGCUGAGAAGAAGAGUCUGGACCCAAGUCUCUCUUUGCUGGUCAAGUCCGUCAAGAACAAGACCCAACAGUUCCAGGCCGGCAAGAAACCCAGACUCAUGUAGGACCCCCCCUCCUCUCCUCUGUCCUUGGGAAGACGCCUCCUCUCCUCUGUCCUUGAGAACACGCUUCCUCUCCUCUGUCCUUGAGGAGAUGGCAGCAGCAGGUUCUGGUCCAGACCGGUUGGUACGGCUGAUCAGAGGACCAUCUCACCUGGACCAAAUAACACGAGGCCACUAAGGCCUUCGUGAUGUCAUCGAAAGAUGGAUUACAAUGAUGUCAUCUAAAAAAUGUAUUAGAACGAUGUCAUGCCAAAAUGGAUUAGAAUGAUUUGGUAUAAAAUGGAUCGAUUUGUGAUCUAAAAUAGGAUUACAAUGUCAUGGGUGGAUUAAAACAUUUAAGGAUGGAUUCGA